AUGCCCAACAGCUUUGUCUUCAAGCCUCCAUACCUGCUCACUUCUCACUCGGAGUUUGUAACAGGCUGGCGCUACCAGAAGCGCCCAGGAGUGGAUUAUUUCCUCCAGCAGUGUGGGCCCCCCUUGUUUGAGGUGGUUGUGUAUACCUCUAUGCCAGCGUAUACAGCUUUCCCUAUUAUUAACAGUUUAGAUCCCAAUGGUUACAUUAUGUAUAGAUUGUUCCGAGAUGCCACAGAAUACAAGGCCGAAGGACGAAUGGGAGGAAUCCAUGUCAAAGACCUUUCUUGCCUGAACAGGGACUUGAACAAAGUGAUAUUUGUAGACUUUGACUCAAAGGCAUUUCAAAAACACCCCAGAAAUUCCUUGGGAUUGAAGCAAUGGACAGGAGACAGAGAUGACAGGACUUUGGUGGAUUUGGCAACUUUUCUCAGAGCCAUAGCAGUAAGUGGGGUGGAUGAUGUGAGAAAAGUAUUGGACUAUUACAAACAGUAUGAUGAUCCACUUGAAGCAUUCAAAGAGAAAAAGAGAGAGUUAGCGGCAGAGUUUGAAAAGCCUCCAGAGCAGCCCAAAAUAAGUACAAAAUGGUCCCCUGGCUUCUUUGGAAGACGAUAACAUAAGUCAGUCUGUACCAAGCCCAUAAAUGACUGUUACAUUAAAAGAGAGAGAGAGAGAGAGAAAAUGGCAAAGUUGGGGAAAAGACACUCAGUUCAGUUGUUUCUUUGGAAGAAACUAUUCCAAAUGGUUGUUCUCAUAUAGAGAUAAUGUGGACAAAUAAAUCGGAGAUAUUCAGGGAGGCUUGAUUUGGUUCAUUAAGCUUUGCAGAAGUGCAACCUAUUCUGUGAAUAGUUAUAUGUAUUGAAGUUUGUACAUAUGGUAUUUGAAAAUGCAGUAAUAGUUUCCUUAAGUUGUGACCUACGUAUUUGAAAGUGCACUACUCUUUUGAAUGUAACAUGUAAAUAAAGGAAUAUAAUCAGCAGAAAAUAUUUAAUGCAUGUUAAAAUUGCCAGUCCAUCAAGAUAUAUUUCAUGUAAUGAAUAUCAAGUGAUUUUCAGAAAACGGAUAGUUGCCAUUCUUAUUAACAGGAUUCCUCUCUUUUUUAGCCCUCUUCUUAUACCAUAUAUUACAAAGCAGUCUUUUUGCACUGUAUCCUGUUCUGCAUCUGAACAUCAUUAUUUAAGUUUUUUAUUGAAUAGCAAAGAAAAGUAUGUAUAGAGCUUGUUGAUACGAUCACCAAGUGAAUUUCUUAUUGAACAGCAAAGAUGCUGAUACGCUACAAAAGAUUUUAUUUGUAAAACAGUUUUAACUUAUAAGUCUUAUCCUGAGCUUUAUGCCCGAUGCCUAACAGCUUUGUCUUCUAGCCUCCAUAUCUGCUCACUUCUCACUCAGAGACACUGUGGCAAGUUCAGUUGAAGAUUACUAAACUAUAACAAAAGCUCAUUUGGUAAUCUGGAUUUCACAUUCCCAUAAAAGACUAAUUAUAUUGUUGUGGAUGUAUUGAACAUUUUGUCUAACUUUUGUGAUUGGCUUAGUAAUCUUCAAUCAAACUGAAGUUCAGACAUGACAGACACGUAUGAAAAUGCAAAAUUGAAAAGAAGUUGUCACACAUCACGCCUUAUCUAUUCUCAAUAAAUUUACCAGAUGUUAUAAAAAUUAAUUAUUCAAAUGAACAGAUGUUACUUAAUGCUUUAAUGCUUGUUUAGUGUUUGUUUUGACCAUAUACCAAAUGUGGUACUUAUCAGAAAACCACGAAACCAGAAUAAAAAUUUUGUAUUAGUGUAUUAGUUACCCGUCAAAUGUAUCUUUUU